UUAUAAGGCUGUGGUACUGGCAGCAAAUCACUUUGGUCGAUUUUUCACGGGUCAGAUCACAGCUGCUGGUAAAGAACCCAUGUUAAAGGUCUUGAUCAUUGGAGGAGGAGUUGCUGGCCUGGCUUCUGCAGGAGCAGCUAAAUCAAUGGGUGCAGUUGUUCGUGGAUUUGAUACUAGUAGUGGUUGUGUGUCCUGUCCUGCUCUGGAACAGUUCAAGUCUCUUGGUGCUGAGCCUUUGGAAGUAGACUUAAAGGAAUCUGGAGAGGGACAAGGUGGUUAUGCUAAAGAAAUGUCCAAAGAAUUUAUUGAAGCUGAAAUGAAACUCUUUGCCAAACAGUGCCAAGAUGUUGAUAUUGUCAUCACUACAGCACUUAUUCCAGGCAAAAAAGCUCCCAUCUUGUUUAAGAAAGAUAUGAUUGAAUCAAUGAAGGAAGGUUCAGUUGUUGUGGAUUUAGCUGCAGAAGCAGGGGGAAACGUUGAGACUACAAAGCCUGGAGAAAUGUACGUUCAUAAGGAUGGCAAGGUGAUUUUCCCAGCACCUCCACCAAAUAACAUUCCUCAAGGAGCCCCUGUGAAGCGGAAGACUGUAGCAGAGCUGGAAGCAGAAAAAGCAGCUACUAUUACACCUUUUAGAAAAACUAUGACUAGUGCAUCUGUAUACACAGCAGGUUUAGCGGGCAUGUUAGGACUAGGCAUCGUAGCUCCUAAUACUGCUUUCACACAAAUGGUGACAACGUUUGGCCUAGCUGGAAUAGUGGGGUACCAUACGGUAUGGGGUGUGACUCCUGCUCUUCACUCUCCACUUAUGUCAGUGACUAAUGCUAUCUCAGGACUAACUGCAGUUGGUGGACUGGUAUUGAUGGGAGGAAACUAUCUCCCUGAAAACACUCCUCAAAGUCUAGCAGUGCUUUCAACCUUUAUCUCUUCAGUCAAUAUUGCAGGUGGGUUUCUAGUUACACAGAGAAUGCUGGAUAUGUUCAAACGUCCCACAGACCCUCCUGAGUAUAACUACUUGUACCUACUUCCUGGUGGUGUAUUUGUAGGAGGUUAUGCAGCCAUUCUCAACGGCGGCUAUAAUAUUGAACAGAUGAUGUAUCUGGGCUCAGGCUUAUGCUGUGUUGGUGCCCUGGCUGGACUGUCCACCCAAGGAACAGCUCGUCUUGGAAAUGCUUUGGGUAUGAUUGGUGUUGCAGGAGGUUUAGCAGCAACUCUUGGAGGCCUUAAACCCUCACCUGAAUUGUUGUCGCAGAUGUCAGGUGCAGUGGCACUCGGUGGUACCAUAGGUUUGACGAUUGCUAAACGCAUCCAGAUUACAGAUCUGCCUCAGCUAGUGGCUGCUUUCCAUAGUUUGGUUGGUUUGGCUGCUGUGCUCACCUGUGUAGCAGAAUACAUGAUCGAAUGACCUCACUUUUCUACUGAUCCAGCUGCAAACCUCACCAAGAUUGUGGCGUACCUUGGCACAUACAUUGGCGGGGUGACUUUCAGUGGCUCUCUUGUUGCUUAUGGAAAACUACAAGGUAUCCUGAAUUCUGCACCACUGCUCUUGCCUGGUCGACAUGCAUUGAAUGCAGGGUUGCUGGCUGCCAGUGUUGGUGGAAUGGUUCCAUACAUGAUUGAUCCUAGCUACACUAUGGGAAUUACUUGUUUAGGUUCUGUCUCAGCUCUCUCAGCCAUAAUGGGUGUCACUUUAACAGCAGCUAUUGGUGGUGCUGACAUGCCUGUAGUUAUUACUGUCCUGAACAGUUACUCUGGAUGGGCUUUGUGUGCUGAGGGCUUCCUACUGAACAACAACUUGCUGACCAUUGUUGGUGCACUCAUUGGCUCCUCUGGCGCCAUCCUCUCUUAUAUCAUGUGUGUGGCUAUGAACCGUUCCCUUGCAAAUGUGAUUCUAGGGGGCUAUGGCACCACAUCAACAGCUGGUGGGAAGCCCAUGGAAAUUACUGGAACCCACACGGAAAUCAAUGUGGAUAAUGCAAUUGAAAUGAUAAAGGAAGCCAAUAACAUUAUUAUUACUCCAGGUUAUGGUUUGUGUGCAGCAAAAGCUCAGUACCCUAUAGCUGAUCUAGUGAAGAUCUUGAGAGAACAAGGGAAAAAUGUCAGGUAA